AUGUCUCCGAACACAUCUUCCUCUACUGGCAAGGAUAAAUUGAUCGUAGAUGAAGAAGAGGUUCUUCAAGCUGUCAUUCUAGCAGACAGCUUUAACAAACGAUUCAAGCCGCUAACCACGCAUAAACCUCGAUGCCUGCUACCGAUAUGCAAUGCUCCAUUGCUGGACUGGACAUUCGAAAGCCUUGCUCUAGCUGGCGUACAAGAGAUCUUCGUAAUAUGUAGAUCACAUGCGGAGCUGGUCAAGACUGCGAUCAAGAAUUCAAAAUGGUCUAAGCCCGGCGCAGGCCUGAAGAUUGUCCCAAUUGUGACUGCGAAAGAGACGUUCACGCCUGGUGAUGCCAUGCGCGACAUCUACACGCAUGGCAUCAUCACUUCAGAUUUCGUCCUUGUCACAGGUGACCUCGUGAGCAACAUACGUAUAGGCGAUGUUGUUCGCGAGCACAAAGAGCGGAGGAAAACGGACAAGGACGCCAUAAUGACGAUGGUGGUCAAACAAAGUGGCGUAAACCAUCGGACGCGUUCGAGAGGUGAUUCGGCGGUGUUUGUCAUAGAUCCGGAAACGUCAAAGUGCUUGCAUUAUGAGGCGGUGACUGGGUAUCCACCCAAGAAAUACGCGAGCAUACCACGCGAAAUUCUGAAUGAACACCCUGAAGUGGAGAUCCGAAAUGACUUGAUUGAUUGUUCGAUAGACAUAUGUUCUGUAGAGGUGCCGUCAUUGUUCCAAGACAACUUCGACUACGGGGAUGUACGGAGGGAUUUCGUUCAUGGCGUCCUUACGUCUGAUCUACUCAUGAAAAGUAUUUAUUGCUACAUCGCCAAAGAGGGUUAUGCUGCUCGUGUCAGGGACACUCGGAGUUAUGACUCCAUCAGCAAAGAUAUUCUUGCAAGAUGGACAUUCCCUUUGGUGCCAGAUGAUAACCAUCCUGGCGGCCACUCGUAUGAACAUCUACGGGGAAACAAAUACAUUGCCAAGGAUAAUUCAGUGAUACUCUCUCGGACGUGCAAGAUCGGAAACAACACACUGAUUGGCUCAAAAUCGCAGAUAGCUGACAAUGCCCAGGUUAUAGCAUCUGUUCUCGGCCAGCAGUGUAUUGUUGGUGCGGGCAGUAUAGUCCGCAACUCUUAUCUCUUCGAUGGAGCAGUCAUUGGACCGAAUUGUGUUGUCGAGCACAGUAUAAUAGCGUCAGGCGUACACAUCAAGGAACGCACUCGUGUUGAACGCGGAUGUUUGAUUGCUGAUGGCGUCGUCGUCGGUCCGCAGGCGAAACUUGCGCCAUUUUCAAGAUUGUCUAAGCGGCGGCAGGAUAGCGAUGAGGAAGAUGAAGAAUUCGAAGAUGCAGAAGAAGAAGUGAAGACGGCGACGACUGAAGAUGAGGUCGACUCAGAGCUGGAGGACGUAGAAGCAAACCAAGAUCCCGAAGCUCUUGCAAAACUUGGUCCUGGCACCAAUGCAAUCAUUUGGCCACUACCAACUGUUGACGAGGACGAGGACAUUGAUGAGCUGGAACACCCUGAUAACCAGCGUUUGAUGCGAAUAGGCGAUAAUGCAUCAGAUCUCGUUCUCUCGGAUCCUGGUUCCAUCACUUCAUCAGGACAGGCAGACUCGGCAGUAAUAUCAGAAUUCCAGCAGGAAGUCAAACAAUCGCUUGAUCGUGCGUUUGCCGAAGGCCAUUCUGUUGAUAACGCCGCUGUGGAACUGAAGACGCUACGUAUGGCAAGCAAUGUAUCUCUCCGCCUGGUGCGAGAGGCCGUUAUCGCAGCUAUUGUUAGCCGAAUCAAAAUCAUGGCAGGCGGAGGCAUUCCGCAACGACAGGAGAUUGCUAGUAUGAUUUCUCGAUGGGGAGGGCUGAUUGAUAAGAUUGGAGGGGUAGAUCCGGUGGAAACUGUCGAGAUCCUUCAGGAAUAUUGCGCUUCAUCGGAUCGCUUGCCUCUGUUUGGCCAGAUUCUUGCCGCGCUCUACCAGGAUGACAUAGUCGACGAGGAUGACAUCCGUGCAUGGCAUGGAAAUUCCAAGUCUCAAGGCCAGGGCGUUAAGCCUACGUCUUUGCAAGACAACUAUAACAAAUGCUGGGUCACUGGAGCCCAUAUGAUCAAACAGUUUGAUGAGCAGGACAGUGAUGAAGAAUCGGAGGAAGACUCGGACGAUGGCAGCGAAUCGAGAGAUCCUGUUGUCGAAAAUCCAGUCACAAAGGAGCUCCCUUCGGCAGGCGCCAAUUCUUCGGAAGAGAAUUCAUGCGAGGAAAACUCGGACGAAGAGGACGAGGGCAACACUGACGAGGAUGACAGCGAAUAA